CCCCACGGAGAUGGCUGCUCCUACCAGUACCACCGCCGGCUGUUCCCUGGGCAUCGAUUUGAGCACCCAACAGAUGAAAGCCAUGGCUAUUGAUGAUAAUCUGAAUGUGAUCCAUGAGACCAGUGUAAGGUUUGAUGAGGAUUUGCCAGAAUUUGGAACUCAGGGUGGUGUCCAUGUACAUGAUGACAAGCUGACUGUUACAACACCAGUGCUACUGUGGGUAAAGGCCCUGGAUAUACUCCUGGAGAGGAUGAAAACCUCUAACUUUGAUUUUUCAACGUUGAAAUCUUUGUCUGGCACUGGUCAACAACAUGGUAGUGUUUAUUGGAAAGAGGGAGCCAAUCAGACUCUGAAAAACAUGUCAAGUGAUCAUUCUCUGCAUCAGAUAUUUGAGUCUAGUUUUGCUGUAAAAGACUCUCCUAUCUGGAUGGACUCCAGUACCACUGCAGAAUGCCAGCAACUAGAAAAAUCUGUUGGAGGGCCACAGAAACUUGCUGACAUCACUGGAUCACGCGCUUAUGAGCGCUUCACAGGAAAUCAAAUUGCCAAGAUUAACAAGAAGAACCCUGAAGAUUACAAGAAAACUGAGAGAAUCUCUCUUGUCAGUAGUUUUGUUGCUUCCCUAUUUCUUGGAGACUAUGCUGCAAUUGAUUAUAGUGAUGGUUCUGGUAUGAAUUUGAUGGAUAUCCAUGCACAUGAGUGGUCACAGCAGUGCCUUGAUGCCUGUGCACCAGAUCUGAAGGAGAAGCUUGGUGUUCCACUGCCAUCUCAUUCUAUACUGGGUCCAGUUUCUCCAUACUAUGUAAAACGCUUUGGAUUCAAUUCUGAGUGUAAGGUCAUUGCUUUUACAGGUGACAAUCCAGCAUCACUAGCAGGAAUGAGACUUCACCAGGGGGAUAUAGCAGUAAGCCUGGGGACAAGCGAUACUGCCUUUCUCUGGAUUCAGGAUCCGAAACCCACCUUAGAGGGACACAUCUUCUGUAAUCCUGUUGAUAGCAGUGCCUACAUGGCACUCAUAUGUUUUAAGAAUGGCUCCUUGACGAGAGAGAAGGUCCGUGAUGAGAGUGCUUCUCGUUCAUGGGAUGAAUUUGCGAAAGCGCUGAAAACCACUUGUCCUGGAAAUAAUGGAAAUUUAGGAUUUUAUUUUGAUGUGAUGGAGAUCACCCCAGCUGUAGUAGGUAUUCAUCGAUUCAAUGCCAAAAACUGUAGAGUUUCAGAGUUUCCAAAUGAUGUGGAGGUCCGGGCAGUAAUAGAGGGACAGAUGCUGGCUAAAAGGGCAUAUGCUGAGAAGCUGGGCUUCAAAGUCUUGAAGGGAACCAGAGUACUGGCAACUGGAGGGGCUUCUUCAAACCCAGAUAUACUAAAGGUCUUGGCAGAUGUUUUCAAUGCCCCAGUGUACACAAUUGACACAGCUAAUUCAGCCUGCCUGGGAUGUGCUUACAGAGCAAAACACGGACUGCAUGCAGCAUCAGGACAGUCCUUUGCAGACACUGUGAAAAUUGCAGCAGCUCCAAAGCUAGCAGUCAAUCCCACCUGUGAAAUAGAUAAGGUAUAUGGACCAAUGCUAGAGCGAUAUUUGGAACUGGAAAGGUUGGUGCGAAAUGACUGCUGAUCAAUGGAAAACAUUGAAAAUCCUAAAAUUUUGUGCCAUCGAGGGAGGCUACUCAGCCUGUGAUACCUGUGCUGGCUCUUUGAAAUAGCUGUUUAAUUUAGGACCAUAGCACAGCUUAAUCGUGAAAUUAUUCUUUGUCAAAAUCCAUUUGCCUUUUAAAGGUUGCAAUGACAUUUGAUUCACCACCCUUUUAGGUAUUGUGUUCUCGAUCUUAAUAGUCUUCUGUGAGAAGAUAUGUCUCCUAGUUUUUCCCUUCAAUGUAUUUACCUUAAUUCCAGGACCUUUAGUUGCUGCUUUAAUUGUCGGAGAUUACAGAUUCCAUAUUUCUUUCUCUAUCAAAAUUCCUGCAAUUCUGAUUUUAACAAUUAUUUCUCCCUUAAUAUUUUCUGCUCAAAGGGGAAUUAUAGUAGUUUGUCCAGUCUCUCGAUAGAACCCUCACUCCUGCCUGGUAUCUUCCUGCUAAACGUCCUCAUCUACUGGGCUUAUAAAUCCUACCUCAAUUGUGGUGGGCAGAAUUGUACACAAUUCUCCAACUGAAGCCUGAGACAGAAAUUGGUAAAGAUUGGAAUGACUCACUUAUUUUUAUAUUCAGAGCUCCUUUUGACAAAGUCUAGAAUCCCAGACACUUUUUAACCACAGGUAUCAACACCUUUAGAUCUGAUUAUGCAUCCCUAGAUCCCUCCGUUUCCACACCUUCCUCAAAAUAGCACCAUUAAGAUUAUACAUAAUUUCCUGUUUCUUAUGCAGUGCUUGGCACUUAAGAAUUAACCCCCACAGGCAUGCAACUGUCUAUUUCAACAGUUAGUCUACCCCCUCCUGAAAUCUGUUGCUACAUUGCACACUAUGUACCAUAUUGUCAAGUUUUGUAUCAUCUGCAAACUCUGAAAUCAGGUUUCUUAUACACAGAUUUAGAUUGCUUUGCGACAACAAAUUGAUUCAUAGAACACUUUAAUCAUUCAUAAAGAAUCCAACUCAAAUAUUUUCAGACCAUAAAUUCAAUUUCUGCAAAUGGUAUAUUUUUCCUUGUAUUGCCUCGUGUUUUGUCAUAUUUUCAUGGUCUGCUCAACUUGGGGUUCAGGAAGUAGCAGGGACCCGCUCACCUCUUCCUCUACUCUUGAAGUGGUUAGUUUGUGACAGAGGAAUUUUCAGAUGGUUCCACUACACGUUGGACCACAGUGCAGAUGAUUUCCAUCUAAACUGGGGUGACUCCAGAGGCACAGCAAUAGCAAGCCAGAAUUGCUGCCCCAUGCGUAGAAUGGUUCAAUAUUAACAUAAACCUCAGUUUCCAAGUCUCGAAUACCGUGUUGCCUGAACAUUGAGGGGAGCCUGCCCACCAUGAGGGAUUGUUUGCUCAAAUUCUCCCUGUUCCUGGCCCUUUAGAAAUUAAGAGCAA